UCUUGAGACUAAUUAAUUAAUUAACUCAUCUAUAGUAGAAGAAUCCUCAAUUCCUUGCUGCCAAUGAAGGGCCGGGCAUCUUCCCUUUACACCCUGCUGCUCAUAUUCUGUUGGAGCUUGCAACUCAAGUUUGGCACAUCUUUUGCAUCACUGUGUGCGACCUUAUAUACCUGGAGGUCCACAAGCUCGCCGGAAUCUCACCUGCACAAGCAAAUCACACACGCAGCUGCAGGUGAUACAUGCGAAUUCUGAAUUCUGCCUGCUAGCUAAGCAGCAUCAGCAAUGGUGGGAGGAGGAGCAGUGGUGGGGCCGGCCGUGAUGCUGGCCGUGUCCGUGAUCGUCUUGCUGUCGGCGGCGUGCUCCGGCGCCGGCGAGGGGCCGGACGCGAGCCUGCUGUGCGUCAGCGAGUGCGGGACGUGCCCGACGAUAUGCACGUCGCCGCCGCCGCCGCCUCCGCCCGCGCCGCCGUCGUCGUUGUCGCCGUCGACGCCGUCCGUGCUGCCGCUGUACUCGGCGCCUCCGCCGCCGUACCUGACGCUGCUGCUCCCGCCGCCAUCUCCGGCGGACGAGAGCGACAUGUUCCCGCCUCCGGAGGCGCCGACGACGACGAACCCGCCGCCAUCACCGCCGCCUCCACCGUCGUCACCACCGCCGCCGACGACGAAGAGCAGCAGCGGGUCGACGGCGUCGCCGCCGUCGUCCUCGUCCCACUUCUCAUCGCCGCCGUCUCCGCCGUCGUCGUCCAACCCGUACUACUACUUCUACCUCUCCGGCAGCGGCAGGCGCUGCGGCGGCGGCGGCGCGGCGAGCGUUUACACGGCGCUGAUCCUAGCGGCGUUGCUGCCCAUCGCCACAUUCCUGACGUGACAACGCGCACGAAUUUUAGCGCACGAUAUGAUCGGAAUUAAUCAAGCUCCUAAUCGUUAAUUAGUCAUCUUCUACUACUACUACGCCUACUGCCUAAUUGCUGUACUGUCCUAGAAGUGAUUCUUUUCUUCGUGUUCCAUCGACUAGAACAUUGUCACUGCAGGGCUCUUUCUUUUUCGUCUCUUUUGUAAUGACAUAUGAUCUUCGUUGUUUUGGAGUAUCAGAUGCUGUCUAUAUACAUACAUAAUUCGUUGCUUGUGCAA